AAUCAUGCAAGUCAAUUCAUCAAGUCAAGGUUCAAAACAUUGCUCUCAGCUCCACUAAGCAAUUAAUUCCAAAAGUCAAAAAGCAACCAUAUUGACUUAAUCAACGUUACACAAAAGCUCUAAAAAUAAAGGACAAAAUAGAUAUUAUAUUAAUUGAUAAGAAAAAACAUAAAAUGAUUGGUUAUAAGAACAAAGAAGAGCAAAAAAAAAUAACAAAAACAGAGGAAAAUCAAAAUAAUAACAAUAAUAGUAAAGCAUGAAAUCUUCAAAUGUAAAACUAAGAUCAAAUUUAUGCAAAUGUUAUUGUUGCUUAAAUCCUGUUAAUAGUUUUCCAAAUUCUUUUGAUCAUCAAAACUCAGCAAACGUUGAUUCUUCAACUUUUCAUUAUGACUUUGCAACUGCAACUACAUCAUCUCUUUACCCAAAUACACACUUCACUAACCCUGAUUCAAUCCCUACUUUACCGGAAUCAUUCCGGAGUUUCACAAGGUCAUUCCCUCAGUACUUAACCACCGUUGAAGCCGAUGAAAUCCGCGCCAACGAGUACCGCCAUUUAUUCCUUUCAUCUCAAGUUUGUCUUGAUUAUAGUGGUCAUGCCCUCUUCUCUUCCUUACAACAACAACAACAAGGUGAGUUUGUUGCCUCUUCUUCCUCUUAUACCGCGAAAAUAACAAGUUUUGAUAUUUUGCAUAAGGCUAAUGGAGUGGUAAUGUCAUCAAUGAUUGAGAGUAAGAUCAAGGAAAGAAUUAUGAGGUAUUUGAAUGUUACUGAGGAUGAUUACUCCUUGUUUUUUACUGCUAAUCAAACAUCCGCUUUCGGGGUUUUAGCUGAAUCAUACCCUUUCCAAUCUAAUAAGAAUCUUAUUACAGUAUAUGAUCAUGAAAAUGAAGGUGUAGAAGCUAUGAUUAAGACCUCAAAAGGCAGGGGAGCUCGAGCUUCACAAGCCGAGUUUAAGUGGCCUAAGUUAAAGAUUCAUUGCAACAAAUUAGAAGAAAUUGUGGUAGGUAAUGUUAAGAAGAAUAAUAAGAACAAGAAAAUGAACAAAGGUUUGUUUGUUUUUCCUGUUCAAUCAAGAGUAAGUGGAGCAAGAUAUUCUUAUCAAUGGAUGAGUUUAGCAAGGGAAAAUGGGUGGCAUGUAUUACUUGAUGCAAGUGCCCUUAAUCCUAAGGAAAUGGACACUUUAGGGUUGUCCUUAUUUCAACCUGAUUUUAUUAUUUGCACAUUUUAUAAAGUCUUUGGUGAAGAUCCCUCAGGGUUUGCCUGCCUACUAGUAAAGAAAUCGAUCUCUCCGACACUGGAUGUUUCGAGUUUUACAUCUUCCCCUGGAGUUGUGAGCAUAACACAUACAAAAGAUGAACAAGAUCACGAAGAGUGUGAAGUUGAGUGUAAGGGACUAGACCAAGCAGACAUGUUAGGCCUAGUUGUAAUUGGUAGUAGAAUAAGAUGUUUGAUUAAUUGGUUGAUUAAUGCAUUAUCAGCUCUUUAUCAUCCACAUUCCGAAAGAGGGGUACAACUUGUACAAGUUUACGGUCCUAGAGUAAAAUUCGACAGAGGCUCUUCCUUGGCCUUUAACAUGUUUGAUUGGAAAGGCGAAAGAGUUGAGCCAAUGUUAGUCCAAAAACUCGCGGAUAGGAAUGAUAUUUCGCUUGGUUGUGGAUUAUUGAAGCAUGUAUGGUUCUCUGAGAGGUAUGAAGUUGAGAAGGAAAGUGUUUUGAUGAAGGGGACUAAAGAAAGCAUUAGGAAAAAAUUCAAAGGGAAGAAAAAGGAGAGUUGUGAAAGUGGUAUAUCAGUUGUAACAGUUAAUAUUAGUUUCUUAUCCAAUUUUGAAGAUGUGUAUAGUUUGUGGAAAUUUGUUUCUAAGUUUUUGGAUGCUGAUUAUGUUGAGAAAGAGAGGUGGAGAUAUACAGCACUUAAUCAGAAAUCUAUUGAAGUUUAAAUGAAUUUAAUUAUGAAAUUACAACUUGUAUUUUGUAAUUAUGAGCUUUCAAAGUUAUAUCAACGAACAUUGUUACUCAUCAUUUAGAUAUUAGAUAUUUUUUGGUGUGUUUAUGUCUGUAUGACCACUUGAA